AUGCAAUGGGUGGAAGGUGCAAAACAAGGCAUUGUCGUGGCUGGUGAUCAAGGAGAAGGAAAUGGUCUUACACAAUUGUCAUGUCCUUAUGGAGUCGUUGUCGAUCAAUUGGACUCUGUCUAUGUGACUGAUGCAGGGAAUGAUCGAAUCAUGCGUUGGCCCAAUGGAGCCAAACAGGGAAGUGUUAUUGUUGGUGUAAACGGUGGAGGAGGACAAUCGAACCAACUCAAUGUGCCCAUCGGUUUAUCAUUCGAUCGACACGGCAAUCUCUAUGUCGUCGAUUGCGGAAAUCAUCGAGUACAAAAAUUCAAUAUCUAUUCAAUUACAUAA